ACACAACUCAUUAUUAAACCAGCCUUUCUAGAUGAUCCUGAGCUCUGUAAGGUGCCAGCUGCCUGUCAGCCUUCAGCCUUCUGUUCCACUCUCAGAUCUUUGGUGGCAACUUGAGAGUGCACAGUUGUGUUGGACGUCUUGUAUCUGUGGUGAUACAUUAGGGUAAGAUCUGCAUUGGAAUAGCAGCUAUGGAAAGAAGCAUGAAUUUUGACGAGAUUCUUUCUCAUAUUGGGGGUUUUGGCAAGUUCCAGAAGAGCCUGUAUGUGUGGAUUUGCCUCCCCCAGAUCCUGCUUGCGUUCCACAUGCUGAUAUCCGUAUUCACAGGGGCUGUCCCCCCUCAUCUCUGUCGCUCCACCAACUCCACCUGGCCCUUGGCCGCCAGCUCAGACCCUCCCAAUUUCAACUUCAGCCUGGUGACGGGCCCAGACGGUGACCCUGGCCGGUCCUGCUCUGCCCCUGGGGGGAUCCCUGGCACCCUGCUGGACCAGCUGAAUCACAGCACCGCCCUGGCCUUUAGUGACAGCCAUGACACUGAGGGUUGCCAAGGGGGAUGGGAAUUCAGCAAGGAGACCUUCCACAGCACGGUGGCAACCGAGGUGAGUAAGUGACGCCGCAGGAAAAUGGACAUGGCAGGCAGGGCAGGCUCUCUGUCUGUCUGUCUGGGGGGCUCAAAUGUGAUGAACACCUGGUCCCACAUUCUCACAUGAAUUGAAGCCAUUCAUUUUUCCCUGGAAGCAUUUUUACUGCUAUGUAACAUUGUAGUGAUGGUGGUGAUAUCUGAGCCUGCUGGGAGAGCGGAGGGUUGUAAGAUGGACUCUCUCUCUCUCUCUCUCUCUCUCUCUCUCUCUCUCUCUCUCUCUCUCUCUCUCUCUCUCUCUCUCUCUCUCUCUCUCUCUCUCUCUCUCUCUCUCUCUCUCUCUCUAUCCAGUUCACUCCCCCCAUGACACACUAUUAUACAGUAUGUGGAUCAGGGUUGGGUGGGGGGAUACUAUGUAACUUGAAUGAACUGAUUUGGUCUAGUGCUGCUUGACGGACCUUCACACAGCGACACUAACCAUAGGGCUCCCGAGUGGCGCAGCGGUCUAAGUCAUUGCAUCUCCGUGCUUGAGGCGUCACUAAAGACCCCCUGGUUUGAUUCCAGGCUGUAUCACAACCGUCCCAUAGGGCAGCGCACAAUUGGCCCAGCGUCGUCCGGGUUUGGCCGGUGUAGGCCGUCAUUGUAAAUAAGAAUUUGUUCUUAACUGACUUGCCUAGUUAAAUAAAGGUACAAUACAAAUAGUGGAAUGGUCCCAGCCAGCAGAACCUGUUGAACGUUGUUGAUUUACAAACACUGACCUAGGAUUGCCCGUUCUGAUGUCAUAAACCAAAAACAUAAUAAAUUAUGUGUGUAUUGCUGCAUUUUUGGGGCGAGAAAUAUAAGCAUUUCACUGCACCUGCGAUAACGUCUGCAGAACUGUGUACGCAACCAAUAAACUUUGAUUUGAUUAGACCUCCACUGGGAGGCCAACUGUUGGAGGCUGUCUGUAUGAUGUAUGACAACUCACGACCCGCUCUGUCACAUUCCAUGGGGCGUGGUUCCACCUCAAAAAGCACAAUAAAGGAUUUUCGACACCCACCAUCUCAGAUUGUUGUAUGGAAUUGAGAUUCUAUUUACAUUUUAGUCAUUUAGCAGACGCUCUUAUCCAGAGCAACUUACAGUUAGUGCAUACAUUAUUCUUUUUUAAAUUCUUUUUUUCAUACUGACCCCCCCGUUGGAAUCAAACCCACAACCCUGGCGUUGCAAACACCAUGCUCUACCAACUGAGCUACAUCCCUGCCGGCCAUUCCCUCCCCUACCCUGGACCAAUUGUGCGCCACCCCAUGGGUCUUCCGGUCGCGGCCGGCUACGACAGAGCCUGGAUUCAAACCAGGAUCUCUAGUGGCACAGCUAGCACUGCGAUGCAGUGCCUUAGACCACUGCGCCAUUCUAUGAGGUUCUAUGAGAUUCUCAGAUUGUAGUAUGGAGCUGCAGCUUGGAUUAUUGAUUCUUCAUCCUAUGUAAUGUAUUCCCUGUGAAUCUGGUGAUGUUUUUUUUUACCUGUUCAGGGAAAUUAGCAAUUGAAGUCGUUUACAUUAUAAAUUAGUGUGAAAGUGUGAAAGUACCAGGUUUUGCCCACUAGAUGCCACUGUCCCUGCUACUGCCACACCAUUUAAUCCAUUUAGCUGGUCUCUUGUGUUUAAAUGGAUUACAACAUUUUCUUUGCAACUUUGGGUAGAAAACCAAUAGCUUUUGCUCUUGAUGAAAAUAAAAUGUGUGGUCAUCCUCACAAUUCAAGACCUCCAUGAAAGCAAUUUAGUUUGUCCUGGUCUUAGGCUUAAUCUGUGUCCAAGAAAUGGCCGCUCUGUGUGUGGUUUAUUCCCUUUACAAAAGUUCUGAAUUAGUUAGACCAUUCCUGGUGAACAAGCAAACCAUUGUACUACAGCAGUUCUAAUGGUUUUAAUGUUAUGGUCUCUAAUGGUCUGGUUAUAGUCCCAAACACACACCCAGCUAGCACAUAACUUUCUGAGAACCAUAUGUUUUGUUAGAGCUUGGUGAGAGUGUGGUUGUCCUAUGGUUAUUUUGCAUAUAACCUUCCUACAACAUUCUGGGAAUGGUGCAGGAUAGUUGCUUGGCUUUGGAACAUUCUCAGCACAUAUUAACCUCUACGGGAUCGGUGUCUUUAUACAGGACGGUUGUUGCUCAAUAUGCGAUAUGUGACUAGAGUGUCCGAUAUCUAACUGCAGUGUCCAAUUUACAGUAGCUAUUACAGCUAAAAAAUACCAUGCUAUUGUUUGAGGAUAGUGCACACAACAAAACACUUUUAUCACGGCAACUGGUUUGGUACAUUCACCUCUGAAGGUAAAUAAUGUACUUACAUUCAGUAAUCUUGCUCUGAUUUGUUAUCCUGAGGGUCCCAGAGAUAAAAUUUUCUGUAGUUUUGUUUGAAAAAAGAAAUGUAUAUUCAAAGGAACUGGGUUUUACAGUUUGACCUCUGACUCCACACCCACCCCGCCCGGCCAUCUAGAUGUGUGGGUUAGUGUCUUUUCUGUAGGGAAGCUAAUGAACCAUAAUUUAUGACAUUCCUGGGAGUGUGCAAACUUAAAUUUUGUAUUACCAAUGGCAUUUGUGUAUGUUCUCUAUAGUUAUGUACUUGAAAACCAAUUCAGCACAUUUGGGAAAACUCCUGGCAGGCUUGAUACAAAAUAUUGUGUAGUGAUGUAAUUCUUCAAUGGAUCAUUCUGAAACUUUGCACACACACUGCUGCCAUCUGGUGGACAACAUCUAAAUUACAUCUAGAAUCCGACAUCCCUGUCUGGCCUUUCUCUUGCAUUUCAAAGAUGAUGCAAAAAACAACAACAAGAAAACGCAUGUUUUUUUGUUUGUAUUAUCCUUUACCAGAUCUAAUGUGUUAUAUUCUCCUACAUUAAUUUCACAUUUCCACAAAAUUCAAAGUGUUUCCUUUCAAAUUAUAUCAAGAAUAUGCAUAUCCUUGCUUCAGGUCCUGAGCUACAAGCAGUUACAUUUGGGUAUGUCAUUUUAGGUGAAAAUUGAAAAAAAGGGUCCGAUCCUUAAGAGGUUUUAAGGAACUAUCCUCUAUCUUGUUAAGUGUGUUGGCCGCGGCCACUACUUGGCCACACCUGAUCUUAAUGAGUGCUUGUUUCCUUUGAAAUGGGGUCUGUUUGAAUAGACUAAAAUUAACAGCUUUGUAUGAGUUAACAAAAACAUGGCAUGUUAGCUCCAUACUGGUGGCGCAGUGGACUAAUUCCAUGGGUAGAGAACAUAAGAUCGUAGGUUUGAAUCUCACUGAUGCUGUGCAACAAUAAAUGUGUUUGCAUGAUUAAUUAAUGUAUAUGUGUCCUAACUAUGCUUGGAGUUCAUAACAGUUAACCUAAGCUAUCAGUUUUAUUAAAAGUCUUAUUGAGACAUUCAGUGAAAGUUUUAAGGAACCUUAAAAUAACCUAUAAUUUCUGUUCUCAGAACAUUAAUAAAACAUCCCAGGAAAACUUUCAGGGAACCAUCGUAAAACAUUCUCAGAACCUCCCUGCAACUAAAAAUGUACCUUCCCAGAACAGGCAACAUUUCUCGUUUAAAAAACAUUCUGUUUUACAGCUCAGGAAACUUGGAUUCGUUCCUAGAGCCAAUGGGAAACCAAUAAACGUAUGUUCCCACAAAUUCCAAGGGUUGGGUUUAAUGGUAAAUGUCACCAAUCACACUACACAUACAUAUAGAUAAAAUAAUUGUAUUGAAAAAUAUAGGACUGCAAUGCAAUGGCUUAUAAUUAUAUUAUUUGAUUAGGGUUGUCGCAACAUUUGAGUCACUAGCCCAUUUCUCCAUCAAAGUUUUGGGCUUGCAGGAAAUAGUCUUCAUAUGAGAAUUGCACCAUAGGGAUAGCUGUCUCAGAGAGCUGCUAUUUGUUGGACUAUUCAAUGAGAGUUGGGUGGAAGCAUAAGGGUUGUUAUGAGAAGGACAAACUGAAUGGCUUUCAUGAAGGACUGUCUUGACUUGUGAGGAUUAAUUUAUUUUCAUCAUUAGCAAAAGCUAUUGGUUUCAGACCCAAAGUUGCAAAGAAAGGGUUGUGAUCUGGGGCGGCAGGUAGCUUAGUGGUUAAGAGCGUUGUGCCAGUAACCGAAAGGUCGCUGGUUCUAAUCCCCGAGCCGACUAGGUGAAAAAUCUGUUGAUGUGCCCUUGAGCAAGGCACUUAACCCUGAUUUCUCCUGUAAGUUGCUCUGGAUAAGAGCGUCUGGUAAAUGUAAAUAAACACAAAAAAAGAGACCAGGAAGUUGAUAAAAGGGUGUGUCAGUAGCAGGAACAGUGGCAUCUAGUGGGCUAAACCUGGUACUUUCACACAAAUGUAUGGUAAAUAAUGUGACUUCAAUGGCUAACUUCUCUGAACGGGGCGGGGCUUCUGUAAAUACAGAUUUCAGAACGAUCUGAGAUGGUGGGUGUCAUGGCUUGCUGAAAUGACAUGGAACGACUCAUCUGUUAUUGAUGUGAGAGCCAUGAUGGACAGUUUGAUGGAAUCUGUUGAGAAGCAAGGUGCUUCUAUAGCUCAGGGGCAAAAGAUUUGGACACCACAGUCAAAAUACGGUUACAGGGCUGUGCAAUUGUGAGCCUUCACAGUGUAAUAGAGUAGGUAUAGUCAAUCAAUAACAGAACACUGGUAGCAGGGAUAUAAUAACAUUUAAGGUGUGGAAUCUUAUACCCAGUACAUGGUUUAUAAAUUAUGUGGACAAUAGGUGAAAAUACAGGUGCUUGCCAAUAUGACGUAGCUUUGUAACUAAUUUGAACCCUCUGUCCUUGACAGUGGGAUCUGGUGUGUGACAACACCAAUCUAAACAACAUUGGUUCCUCAAUCUACAUGUUUGGUCUUCUGGUUGGCGCUGUGCUGUUUGGUUUCUUAGCUGAUAAGUAAGUAUAAAUCAACAGUGCAUUUUCCACCAUUGAUACUUACAUAUUUUUUAUCUAAUUUAUAAUUAGCUUGGCUCAGAUACAUUGAAGAGCCUGAUGAUCUAUGAAGCAUGUAUUGUGGGUAGGUCACAAACUUAAUGCAGGGUAAAUUAAAACAAAUAAAGAGGGAGAAAGUGUUUGCACAAACUCAGUCCCAAUUUAGGUGAAGUAAAACAAAAAUGUUGCAGCUUGUAUUGCUAGUACAUUUUCUUUGUGUAACUAGGAUUAUUUAUAGAAAGUACACAGAGAAAUGUCUGCACAGACUAUUUUCAGUUGUAGCAGUCUUAUUCAGCGCUCUUGUAGGCCAGCCCAGUCAAAAGCAUUUGAAGCAUUUUAACACGGGAUAUUUAAGAGUGCAUCUAAUUUGCAGCACAUGUCCCACUCCCUAUCAGUCCAAUUCAUUCUCAACACACCCGUACAGUACCGUGAGUGAGGACACCUCAAGUGAAACAGUUUCUACUCAUUUAAAAAGGUAUAAUCUCUCUUUCUUGUUUCAGGUAUGGACGCAGGAACAUAAUCCUGGUUGGUUUGACUAUCCAGUCAACCUGUGGGGUCGGAGCUGCGUUCGCCCCAAAUUUCUACAUGUAUGUUUUCCUGCGCUUUGUUGUUGGAACCACUAUUUCUGCUGUCAUCAUGAACGCAUUUGUUUUAGGUCAGUCUCUCUCUCUCUCUCUCUCUCUCUCUCUCUCUCUCUCUCUCUCUCUCUCUCUCUCUCUCUCUCUCUCUCUCUCUCUCUCUCUCUCUCUCUCUCUCUCUCUCUCUCUCUCAUACACACCACACACACUCACACACACAUACACACACACAUUAAAUAUUCAUAAAGUUACUGACUUGUGAUCUUAGCAAAAUUAAGAUGAUAUGGUGCUGGUUUUAUACUCUCUAUACUGUUUUGUUUGUGGCCCCCAGGCACAGAGUGGACAGGAUCAAAGCACCGCAUGCUAGCUGGGAUCAUCACCGACUACUUCUUUGGGUUCGGCUACAUCAUCCUGGCAGGCCUGGCCUACCUCAUCAGAGACUGGCGUAAGCUCCAGCUGGCCAUCUCAGCACCAGGCUUCCUCUUCAUCUUCUACAUUUGGUGAGUCACUGGCCAUCUGCAGUAUGCCUAUAGCCUGGACUACAAACUCAAUAUCACUCACUUUCAUUAUCUUCAGUGAACUGAAAGGAUCAUUCAGUUUAGAUUCCAGGCUAGCACGCCAACUCACUAAAGGAGAAUUUCAAGAGAAUGAAGAGGAACCCUUUUGUCUUCAAUAAUCCAAACCAGAUGGGUCAUUAAAUGCCAUUUGGGAAUAUCUAAGUAUAUCUAAAUUGCAAAAUUGUGUGCAUAGUACCAAAUAAUUGCAUUUUUUCCCUGAUAUUGUAGUACAAGUAUUGGCCUACUUCCUACCUCAUGACUAAAUGUAAAUGUAACUUCAUGUUUAUCUCUUGUUCCCAUGGUGUCAAACUAAUGCCCGUUGUCAUAUGUAGUUGAUUAUGUGUGUGGCUCUCCUCUACAUUCUUAGGGUCCUACCAAAGUCGGCUCGGUGGCUGAUGGCCAACCAGAGGAACGAGGAGGCUGUGGAUCUGAUCAGGAAAGCAGCUCUGAUGAACGGCAAACCCCUGCGGGAGGACAUAGAGAUAUGUCAGGUGUGGUUUGUUAGUUAAGCUGUCUUGUCCACAGGCUAAUUGCUAUAGAGACAAGUUCCAACAGCCUUGAUAAAAGCACUUGCAAAACAACACUUCUAUAUACAAGCAAUGUUGAGAGCAAUAGCGCUAAAGCCUGAGCAUAUUAAAAUGCUUUGCAUGUUAUCCCUCUAUUCUGUAAGGCAUGCGGCGGGGCAUGCAAAUGAUAUACAUUGCAUUGGUGUGCUUAUCGCUUUUAUGAGCUCAUUCCUUUACUGAUAACCAUCACUGUGAAAUGCUCUAUGAAAAGGCUAAUCUGCUCUUGUUAUUUUCCAGGGGUACAAAGACAUGGUGAAGAUAGAGGAGAGCACAAAAUACACAGUCGUUGACCUGGUCCGAACUCCAAAAAUGAGGAGGAACUCAUUGAUCAUGUUUUACCUGUGGUGACUGUCCUGACAUUCUUUUCACAGUUCACUAAUUGCUUGUGAAGUUGGCAGCGAUUAAGCCUCAAAUACAAUCUGUCAUUGAGGGAGAAAUAUACAGUAGAACUUUGUCAGGACACAUGCCUCCUGGGGGCAAACAAGCAUGUAUCACAUUUCUACUGUAUCAACUAAUGUUUCAUUUAGGUUUCUGCCAAAAGUUCUUAGUUCUGCCAAACAUUUACACUACCAUUCAAAAGUUUGGGGUCACUUAGAAAUGUCCUUGUCUUUGAAAGAAAAGCAAUUUUUUUGUCCAUUAAAAAAACAUCAAAUAGAUCAGAAAUACAGAGUAGACAUUGUUAAUGUUGUAAAUGGCUAUUGUAGCUUGAAACGGCUGAUUUUUAAUGGAAUAUCUACAUAGGCGUACAGAGGCCCAUUAUCAGCAACCAUCAGUCCUGUGUUCCAAUGGAAUGUUGUGUUUGCAAAGAGAAAGACUGUCACGGUCGUUAUAAGAAGCGGACCAAGGCGCAGCGUGAUAUGCGUACAUUCUUUUAUUUAAGUACACCACACGAACAAAAACAACAAAACAAACGAUACGUGAAGUUCUAGGUUAAAUAACACCAAAACAAACCUUCCGGAACAAGAUCCCACAAUCAACUGUGCAAAACAGGCUGCCUAAGUAUGGUUCCCAAUCAGAGACAACGAGCCACAGCUGUCUCUGAUUGGGAACCACCCUGGCCAACAUAGAUAUACACAAUCUAGAACACCCAUAGACAACUAAACAUAACAAGUCCACACCCUGGCUCAACAUUUAAGAGUCCCCAGAGCCAGGGCGUGACAGUACCCCCCCCAAAGGCUGCGACCGCGCCAACCAAACACAACAGGGGAGGGGCCGGGUGGGCAUUCCGCCUCGGAGGCGGAUCCGGCUCCGGGCGUGACCACCACUCUCUCGCUACCCCCCCGUAGCGCCCCUGGUCUGGUCUGGCCCCGCUGGCCGGAGCUGGACUGGACACCGGUGGAGCGGAUUGCUCAGGCUCCGGUGUGGAGCAGCUGACCGGUCAGGCACCGGUGGAACAGGCACGGGCUGUGCCGGACUGACGACGCGCACCACUGGCUUGGUGCGGGGAGCAGGAACAGGCCGGACCGGGCUGGCGACACGCACCACUGGCUUGGUGCGGGGAGCAGGAACGGGCCGGACCGGGCUGACGACGCGCACCACUGGCUUGGUGCGGGGAGCAGGCACAGGCCGGACCAGGCUGACGACGCGCACCACUGGCUUGGUGCGGGGAGCAGGAACGGGCCGGACCGGGCUGACGACGCGCACCACUGGCUUGGUGCGGGGAGCAGGAACGGGCCUGACCGGGCUGACGACGCGCACCACAGGCUUGGUGCGGGGAGCAGGAACAGGCUGGACCGGGCUGACGACGCGCACCCCUAGCUUGGUGUGGGGAGCAGAAACAGGCCGGACCGGGCUGACGACGCACACCACUGGCUUGGUGCGGGGAGCAGGAACGGGCCUGACCGGGCUGACGACGCGCACCACAGGCUUGGUGCGGGGAGCAGGAACAGGCCGGACCGGGCUGGCGACGCGCACCACUGGCUUGGUGCGGGGAGCAGGAACGGGCCGGACCGGGCUGGCGAUGCGCACCAUUGGCUUGGUGCGGGGAGCAGGAACAGGCCGGACCGGGCUGUCGACGCGCACCACUGGCUUGGUGCGGGGAGCAGGAACGGGCCGGACCGGGCUGGUGACGCGCACCACAGGCUUGGUGCGGGAAGCAGGAACAGGCCGGACCGGGCUGGCGACACGCACCACUGGCUUGGUGCGGGGAGCAGGAAUGGGCCGGACCGGGCUGACGACGCGCACCACUGGCUUGGUGCGGGGAGCAGGAACAGGCCGGACUGGACUGUGGAGACGGACUGGAGGUCUGGAGCGAAGAGCUGACACAACCCGUCCUGGCUGAAUGCCUAUUUCUACACACUCUGUGUGAGGCAUCAGCAUAGGACGUACAGGGCUGUGCACUCGUACUGGCACUACAGCACGUGGCACUGGCGCAGGAUAUCCGGGACCGAGGAGGGGUACUGGAGGCCACGAGCGUUGAGCCGGCACACUCCGUCCUGACUGCAUGCCCACCUUAGCACGACAUGUGCGUGGUGCUAGCACAGGACGUACAGGACUGUGCCGGACCACUCGCGGCACAGUACGCAGCUCCGCAUAACUCGGAACCUGCCCAGUCUCACGCUGCCUAGCCUGAGUACGGGGAGUUGGCUCUGCUCUACCUCUAGGCUCCGCCAACCUCCCUUCCAGCCCCCCAAACCUGGUGGCCUCCUCUCCUAAUCCGCCGAUACGUCCUGUAGCUGCCUCCAGCAUCCCCGUCGUCCAUGCCGUGUGCCCCCCCCAAAAAAAAUUAUUGGGGUUGCCUCUCGCCUAUCCGACGACGACCCGGUUGGCGCCGCUUCUCCUCUCCUGCCUGGGCAUCCUCCCUCAUCGCCCUCCGGUAGCGGACAGCCUCCUCCUCUGUGAUUCUCCCCCAACCGAGGAGGACAUCUACCAGAGUAACCUCCUAUUCCAUACCUGGCGUUUGCUCCUGCACACGCUGCUUGGUCCUAUUUUGGUGGGAUCUUCUGUCACGGUCGUUAUAAGAAGCGGACCAAGGCGCAGCGUGAUAUGCGUACAUUCUUUUAUUUAAGUACACCACACGAACAAAAACAACAAAACAAACGAUACGUGAAGUCCUAGGUUAAAUAACACCAAAACAAACCUUCCAGAACAAGAUCCCACAAUCAACUGUGCAAAACAGGCUGCCUAAGUAUGGUCCCCAAUCAGCGACAACGAGCCACAGCUGUCUCUGAUUGGGAACCACCCUGGCCAACAUAGAUAUACACAAUCUAGAACACCCAUAGACAACUAAACAUAACAAUUCCACACCCUGGCUCAACAUUUAAGAGUCCCCAGAGCCAGGGCGUGACAAAGACAUAUCUCAGACUGGCCAAUAAAAAGAAAAGAUUAAGAUGGGCAGUCUGAGAUAUGGCUUUUUCUUUGCAACUCUGCCUAGAAGGUCAGCAUUCCGGAAUCGCCUCUUCACUGUUGACGUUGAGACUGGUGUUUUGCGGGUACUAUUUAAUGAAGCUGCCAGUUGAGGACCUGUGAGGCGCCUGUUUCUCAAACUAGACACUCUAAUGUAUUUGUCCUCUUGCUCAGUUGUGCACUGGGGCCUCCUACUCCUCUUUCUAUUCUGGUUAGAGCCAGUUUGCGCUGUUCUGUGAAGGGAGUAGUACACAGCGUUGUACGAGAUCUUGAGUUUCUUGGCAAUUUCUCGCAUGGAAUAGCCUUCAUUUCUCAGAACAAGAAUAGACUGACGAGUUUCAGAAGAAAGUUAUUUGUUUCUGGCCAUUUUGAGCCUGUAAUCGAACCCACAAUUGCUGAUGCUCCAGAUACUCAACUAGUCUCAAGAAAGCCAGUUUUAUUGCUUCUUUAAUCAGCACAACAGUUUUCAGCUGCGCUAACAUAAUUGCAAAAGGGUUUUCUAAUGAUUAAUUAGCCUUUUAAAAUGAUAAACUUGGAUUAGCAAACAUAACAUCACAUUGGAACACAGGACUGAUGGUUGCUGAUAAUGGGCCUCUGUACGCCUAUGUAGAUAUUCCAUAAAAAAUCAGCCGUUUCCAGCUACAAUCGCCAUUUACAACAUUAACUGUCACGAUCGUCGGAUAUAGAGGACCAAGGCGCAGCGUGGAAGGUGAACAUACUUAUUUAUUUAUUAAAUGAUACACGAACAAAUCGAUACGUGACGUCCACAGGUGCAACACACAAACCAACACGGAACAAGAUCCCACAAACACUGUGGGAAAACAGCCUGUCUAAAUAUGGUUCCCAAUCAGAGACAACCAGCAACAGCUGAUACUCGUUGCCUCUGAUUGAGAACCACUCUGGCCAACAUAGAUAUACAACAACUAAACUAGACACAAUGAGCACAAAACAUAAACUCUACACACCCUGGCUCAACUUAAAAGAGUCCCUAGAGCCAGGGCGUGACAUUAACAAUGUCUACUCUGUAUUUCUGAUCAAUUUGAUGUUAUUUUAAUGGACAAAAAAUGUGCUUUUCUUUCGAAUACAAGGACAUUUCUAAGUGACCCCAAACUUUUGAACGGUAGUGUAUAUCUAAGUCACACAUACUCUAAUCUUCAUCUACUCUUUCCAUAAUGGGUUGAUCACUUGAUAUGGUAUGCCAAUGGAGUUUGCAGAACUAUUCACUGCACAGGCUCCUUAGGUCACUGUGCUUGUUGUGUAAGCCAUUCCAAUUGCAAUGUAUCACUCACUGAGGUGACACUGGAGGAUUAUUAUUUGAAUGUGAAUACUUUACGUAGCUUACCAGGCCAUGAGAAGUGAUUGUUAAUAUAGAAAAACAUUCUCAAUAGAUAUAACUAUUUCACUAUUGUGAAAUGUUGUAUUAAAUUCCCUAUCCAGUCCAAGUUAGAAGAGGCCUUUUUUGUCAUUUUACUUGAUUUACUUCCUUGAUUAUGCCAGGGUUUGUUUACCCUGUCUGUGGCCAGAGAGACAUUGCUGCUUCCUAGACACCUUUUUCUAAUUUCCUGUUCAUUGUAACAUUAAAACCUCUGUCUCAUCUGUCUCACCCUGUGUACUGUAGCUAUCUAUUUUGCAUCGUAGACUUGUGGCAAACCAGAGGAAGUCCUUGUUUCACUGCUGUGACAGUAGUGUUAUUAACCCCUUCUUUGCCUCAUCAGUGUUUCCCCUACCAUUCCAUGUCUGUGUAUGUCCAGGUUCGUCAACGUGCUGGUCUACUACGGCCUGUCCCUAAACAUCUCUGACUUUGGGAUGAACAUCUACCUGACCCAGCUGAUCUUUGGCCUGGUGGAGAUGCCUGCUCGCACCAUCACCCUCUUCACCCUCAACCGCUCCAGGAGGAUAUCCCAGCUAGCCUUCCUCGCCGUGGGAGGCCUAGCCUGCCUGCUCACUGUCUUCAUUCCCGAUGGUAUGGAGCAUUCCAGAGAAAACUCUACUGCCUUUAAUGUGCCUUUAAAGUAUUGUUUAUAAACAUCCUGAGGUACUUGAUGAGUUAUAGUAUCCCCCUGGCCCUGAAAAGAUGAUGCCAUAGUUGUGUUGUUUUAUAGCUCUGUUUAUAAGGACUUAGCUAGUAGUCAAUGGAAAGUAUUUGUGGCUUGGAACUUGGCUUUUGGUUGAAACUGAAAAAGAUAUUCAAGCCACAUUAUUUAUUUUUAUAUAACUAGUUCCUUUUGUAAUAACCAGAGUUUGUCACCGACGUCACCUCCUGGAUGUAGAGUAAGAGUUAAUAACUCCCGCCGUACUCCUCAGGGAAGUCGUGUCAGUCUCACACGAAGCCACUACCUUAGGUGGUUACCGUCUCCAGUUGGAAUGCUGUAGAUUGAUCCGCAGGGAUGUAGACUUGAGUUGCAGCUGUUAUACAUGCACAGCCCAGCUCUUUACCUCUUUAACCUCUGACCCCAUCACUUCUCUCUCUCUCUCUCUCUCUCUUUCUCUCUCUCUUUCUCUCUCUCUUGCUCUCUCUCUGUCUCUCUCUCUGUCUGAUCUCGCUCUCUCUCUGUCUGAACUCUCUCUCUCUCACACAGAUCUCUCCAUUAUUAGAACAGUCCUGGCCAUGGUGGGAAAGUUUGGGAUCACCGCCUCCCUGUCCAUAGUCUACGUCUACUCAGCAGAGGUUUUCCCUACUGUCAUAAGGUGAGUGUCUGGUCAAUAGGGCUCUGGUCAAAAGUAGUGUUCUGCUGACUAAUGUGGACUGCUGAUGUCUGGGCGUGUUUCCAGCAGAGUCAUUCAGGUGUAGAUCAUGAGGUCAAAACAUGAGUCUAACCAUCUUUGGAGUUGUUUAAAUAAUCCUCUCCACUACUCAGUCAAUAUCUCUGUGACCUUACUUUUGUUGUGGAGAGGGGGCUGAGGUAUUUCUUAAGCAAGAUAACUUGUAUCACUUGAGUCAGCUAAAACUAUUGAUAACAUUAUGAUGUUUAGUGUCUGUUGGGUCAGGCUUAGCCUUCAGUGUGUAACAUAACUUCUUCCCCCAUGGCAAUAGCCAACUUUGGCUCAGUAGGUUUAUGUUAGGGUCAGCGCAAAAUUCUGAUAAGGGUUGAGACAACUGCUGAAUGAAGUCACAAGAGUGUUUUGAAUGUAUUAACAAUCCUCUUUCAUUGUAUUCUGUGUUCGAUAUGCAAAGUUAUACGUUUGCCUUGACACAUACAACUACAGCAAGUACUGUAAUGGUUUUGGGAUGUGGCGAGACGAAUCUUGAUUCACAGUCUUUAUUACAGUACUUUAAAUAUGAUGUUGUGAAGUUAGUUUGGCUGAAUAUGUCUCCACUGUGACCCCUCAGGCAGAGUGGGAUUGGUAUGAGCUCCAUGUGUGCCCGGGCAGGGGGAGUCCUGGCCCCAAUCAUCUACCUGUUGAGGGGUGUCAGUAAGAAUGCUCCCAUGGUUCUGUUUGGCCUGUGUACUCUGCUAGGGGCAGCCCUCACCCUGCUGCUGCCUGAGACAGCCCACCAGCACCUGGCUGACACCAUCGAGGAUGUGGAGGGAUCCAGCUUCAGGUCUUUACCCUCUUUUGUCCACUGAAGGGGAAGAGAGAGGGAAUAUUCUAUUACAUAGUAUUUAACACUUUAAAUUCCUUCGUAUUUAUUUGUCAAUAUUAAACUCUGGAGAGACAGCCUUGAAACCAGGGGUGAACGUCUAAGCUUGGGUUAAUAGCCAUUUCAACCUUUACUAUUGUACUGUCACUGUUAUUAUAAACUGGGUGGUUCGAGCCCUGAAUGCUGAUUGGCUGACAAAACUUUUUUUUUUUUACUGCUCUAAUUACAUUGGUAACCAGUUUAUAAUAGCAAUAAGGCAACUUAGGGGUUUGUGGUAUAUGGCCAAUAUACCACACCCCCUCGUGCCUUAUUGCUUAAUUAAGGUGCUGAACCGGUGUUAUGUUCAUGUAAUGUUAAUAGUAAUCCAAGGAUAUCCCCUUGUCUCUUAUAGUGAGGACUCAGAGGAAGGGGACAUGAAGGCAGACCUCUAUGAGGAAUGUCCAACAAGGAACACAGACAUCAUAAACUGA